AUGAAGCAGCAGCACUGGUGCGGGAUGACCCCCAGAACGGGCACCGUGUUAUCAGGGGUCUUUACCAUUAUGGCCACUGACAUGUACCUCAUCUUCGAACAGAAGUACAUAAGGAGUGGCAAUUGCUCUGUGAUUAACGCUACGGACCAGGGUGGAAGUGCCCCGAUCAAUCAGUUAUUCAUCUGCUGGAGUUGGAAUAUCGUCCUCUUCCUAUCGUCCAUCACCAUCACCAUCAUCAUCAGCUGCUUCCUCCUAUACUCAGUAUAUGCCCAGGUGUACCAGGGCUUGGUGAUCUACGUCUUCUGGAUCCUUUUCUAUGAAGCUAUGAACAUUGUGCUACAGAUCCUUACCAACGGUAAUUCUAAUAUCAGAGAGGUCAGAAUCACGCGCUGGUUUGGCUUAGUGUCCCGCAUACUCAUGCACUGUUUCUGGAUAUUCUUUGUCACCACCUAUGCCUACAUAAUCUACAAAAGCCAAAGCCAGGGCAAAAGAAUUUCCUACAAUAGACGUAUUUCUACAGGCAAGGAAGAGUUCCUACUGCGGAAACAAAAGAUAACCAGGUUUACCCGCCACUAUCAUGAAUAA